GAAGAUUAGUCCUUUAGCAUGAUGAAGAUUUUCUGUCUUCUGGUUCUCCUGGGCUUCAUUGCCUCCAGUCAUCAAUUUAGAUUCCAUCGUCGUAUGCACGAUGGGAUGAACGGUGGAAUGGGGACGUCAUCUAUUUCAGGGUCAAUGGGACCGAGUAUGGGAUCGUCAUCUAAUUCAGGGUCAAUGGGACCGAGUAUGGGAUCGUCAUCUAAUUCAGGGUCAAUGGGACCGAGUAUGGGAUCGUCAUCUAAUUCAGGGUCAAUGGGACCGAGUAUGGGAUCGUCAUCUAAUUCAGGGCCAACGGGACAGAGUAAUGGGGCUCAAUCUAAUUCAGGGCCAAUGGGACAGGGGAUGCAAGGACCGGGACCGUCGACGGAUGAUGGCGGAUUAUUUGACCAAGUGGAUAUGCUCGGCCCGGAACAAUUUUGCACCCUGACGGAGGGAGAGGUGAGAGGGGGAAUGCAGGAUAUGAAGAACGACUUCGGACAGCUGGUAGUGAACAUGGAACAAUACUUAAACAAGAUAGAAUCGCAACCGCUAUCCAGCAGUGAACAUUGGUUGGAAGUUGCUGGUCAUAUCAGAGCAGCUUCUGAGGAAACCAUGGAAACCUUCCAACGCAACAUGAUGCAGUUAAUCGGAGUCUUCUUUCGUCUGAGAGGUCACCCUUCUUUCAAGGAUGAAGCCACGUGCCGCCAAUUGCGAGAUCUUAAGAAGUAUUACGUGGAGAAUCCAGGGGAACCUAUUAUUCCCGCAGACAUGCGGAAUAGCGUACUGGACAACAUCAAAUGUUUCAAAAACGAAAUAAAGGCGAUGUUCGAGUUUGAAAUACCUAAAGAACAACUGUCAGAAAAACAGGUGAUUCGCAACACGUCUCUUCUACUGACGGAGAUGAUUCUGUUUGCGGAGGAGUUCCGAGUCUUCAUCGAAUCCGCCAUGAAGCUGCACAGAAAGUUAGAGCAAACGCAAGGUCAAGGUCAAGCACCGCCGCAAGGUCAGCAGACACUGCAAGACGCGACAAGCGGUUUCAAUAUGCAAACUCGAGAACUGAUGAAAGAGCUUCUUGGCGCCAUCAAUCGUCGUGGACUCAGGAAGUAGUAUCCGUCCAAUCGAAACCAGUAGGAGUGAUCAUGCAACCAAUGGACAAUUGUCUUACAAAGUGUCAGUAGUGCAUUAGCUCUGUGUAUAGUCUACAGUUUUGAGUAUAUUUUAAAAUUGGUUUACAUAAAAUCUGUAGAAAAAAAGAGUUAAAGUUUGUU